AUGCAAGAGCUACCACCAAUAACGACAUCAGCAAACCAACCACAACAACCAAAUAGAGGAGGACCUUUGUUAAUCGUACAACAACAAUCAAUUCAACCAGCAGCCACCACUGCCAUUACUUCUGCUACCACUACCAUGCAAGGACUUUCCUCUCAAACGAUUUGUCAACCUUCAUCACAAAGUUCUUUACAACAUUCUUCCAGACAAACUUCUCCUAAUAUCAAUGUCAAUAAUAACAACAACUCUCAAAUAUCAUCAAGACACUUGUCAAGUGUUCCUCCCCUACAAUCACAUCAACAAUUACUUUCGAAUUCACUUCAACCUAAUGUUUCAUCAUUGGAACAACGAUCUCAAAAACCGUCAGUUCUUUUACAACCUCUUCCGUCUAUCAUUAACACAACCACAUCUAAUACCAAUAAUACCAGUAAUACUCUCUUUCAACAAAUCAUAGCUUCGAACUCUAGAAAUCCUUUACAAAAUCAUCAACAACAACAACAACAACAACAACAACAACAACAUCAACAACAACAUCAACAACAACAUCAACAACAACAACAACAACAACAACAUCAACAACAACAUCAACAACAACAACAUCAACAACAUCAACAACAUCAACAACAGCAAUCCCCUUCUUUUUUGACUACUCAACAAAAGAACCAAAUUCAAUUAAUCCAUUCUUCUCAAUAUUCUUCCAUUGCACAAAAAUCAUCAAAACGACAGCAUCAAAAUAAUAUUCUUAUAGAUAGUGCAGUUGAAGAUGCAGCUCGAACUCUAUUAUUGCCUUCAAGAUUAAAUAAUGAUUUUAACUUUCAUCAUAAUCAACUUCCAAUCACCCCCACUUCUUCGUCUCAACAUAAAUAUUCUUUAGAGCAUGACUUGAUGGACAUUGAUGAAACUACGAGCAAUUCUUUUGAACAUAAUCAACAACAACAACGUGUUUGUAAAGAUGAUACAGAUGAAGAAAGUAUUAUAAAACAAGAAGAAAUAGGUCUAAUACCAUUUAAUAGAGGUCAUAAAUUAAAAAAUAGAGCUGAUGCAAUGAGUGCAAAAUCAAGAUUGAAAGCACCAUAUGACAUUUAUCAAGACAUUGAACAUAUCAAAAUACCAAAAGGACAAAGACGUCCAAUAAUUCAUAGAUUUCCUCAAGACUCCAUUCUAAAAGUUGUUCAAUAUUAUGGUGAUUCAGAAUUUGACCCUUACAAAGAUAUUAACGUUGAAGAGAAAUUAGAAGAUGUUAUCAAGAAGCCGCAAUAUAAAAGGAUUUUAAAUGACAAAGCGUUAACACACUGCGCUGCCUUCUUAAUGGAAAGAAUUGAAACCGAGAAAAAUUUUAAUAAAAUAAUUGGUAGAUUGAUGGCUGUAUUACAAGGCGAUGAUGCCAUGUAUCCAAACCUGGACUUUAGACUUAACCCUUCACCAGAAAUUGUUAGUACUCGUGUUGUCAAAGUUGAUGAAGAUGAAGGUGGUUUGGGUUUUGGUGUGCUUAAUGUUGGACUGCAAGGCAACGAUAGAAAUAAAGGUAUAAGAGCCCAAGAAGCUAAAGAUCAAGGAUUAGAAACUUUAAUCGCUGUUCGUGAACAAUUACAAGAACAACUAAGUAAUAGUAAUGAAGUUUUAAGAUGUUUGAUUGAAUCAAGGAACGGACUAUUAAAAGCUAUAAGACAAAAAAAAUUAUUGAAAAAUAGAAUUGUUUUAUUUGAUAAACACAAAAAAAAAUUGGAGAAAAAUGAAUCAAAAAGAAAUAAUCUACAACAAAAUUUCUAA